AUGGGCGGAGUCACCUCGUCAAUUGCCGCGAAAUUUGCUUUCUUCCCUCCGACUCCGCCGUCGUACACGGUGGUAGCUGAUGAUUCUAGCGGUGGCGGCGGCGGCGGCAAGCUGUAUAUGCCGGAGUUGCCGAGGAGGGAUGACGUGGAUGUUCUGAAGCUGUCCACUAGGCGAGGGAACGAAAUCGUGGCCGUCCAUAUCAAGCAUCGCAGGGCCACGGCUACCCUGCUGUAUUCCCACGGGAAUGCGGCGGAUUUGGGUCAGAUGUACGAGCUCUUCGUCGAGCUCAGCAAUCGGCUCCGGGUUAACCUCAUGGGCUACGAUUACUCUGGUUACGGAAGGUCAAGUGGAAAGCCAACAGAAUGCAAUACAUACGCAGACAUAGAUGCAGCCUACAAUUGCCUAAGGGAGCAGUAUGGGGUCAAAGAUGAAGACCUGAUAUUGUAUGGUCAGUCUGUUGGUAGUGGACCCACAGUCGAUCUUGCUUCCCGUUUACCCAAUUUGAGAGGUGUGGUUCUUCACAGUCCACUUCUUUCUGGCAUGAGGGUGUUAUACCAAGUUAAAAGAACCUACUGGUUUGACAUCUACAAGAACAUUGACAAAAUCGGUUUGGUGAAGUGCCCUGUCCUGAUAAUCCACGGAACAGCAGAUGAAGUCGUGGAUUGCUCCCACGGAAGACAGCUGUGGGAUCUCUGUAAGAACAAAUACGAACCUCUAUGGAUAACUGGAGGGGGACACUGCAACCUCGAGCUAUAUCCAGAAUUCAUUAAGCAUCUCAAGAAGUUUGUAGUCUCACUGGGGAAAUCUGCAAAAGCAGCAGCCACUGUUGCGGCUAAUGCAGAGCCCGAUAAGACGACGGUAUCAUCAGAGGCAGAGAGUAAGAAUAAAGCACCACCGGACACACCUGGAACCGCAGAAGAUACUUUUGAAUUGGUAGCAGCAGAGCUUCCACCGCCACCUCAAAUGUCGAGAAACAGUUUAGACAGUCGGCUGGAGAAGUCCAAGAAGUCGAGCAAGCACGAGAAAUCUCGAAUGAGCAUUGACCGUGUCGAUAGAUUUAUUAGAAGGAAACGAGGCUUGGUCUGGUGA